AUGGAGGAGGAGCACGUCAGCUAUGGCACGCCGACCAACGGCGCAUCGCCGGGGAGCAAUCCUAUCCUGGCGCAGCCACCUCUCGGAGAUCCUAGUGUUGCUGAUGCUUCUGAAGAUGUCCAAAUGAGCGAAGGUCCAUCAAACGAACCUGCAAUCAAGCAGGACAGCACCACUCCUGCUCCGGUCGCUGCGUCCGAUAAUCCCUUGGAUGCUCCUGAUGGCCCGCCGGCUGAGACAGCCGCAACUGGAGAAGAUGCAGAGAUGGGCGAUGCCCAGAAUGACACCAAAGAUGCUGAGGUCAAGGAUGGCGAGACUGCCGCUGAGGCUGAUCCGGCGAAGACAAAAGAGGCAAUUGAGAAUGCUGCACGCGAGCAUCUUAUUUCACAGACUCAUUCUAUCGUCCUUCCAAGCUAUAGCACCUGGUUCGACAUGAGCACUAUCCACAGUAUCGAGCGCAAGGCUCUUCCCGAGUUCUUCAACAGCCGAAACCGAAGCAAGACACCGGCAGUCUACAAGGAUUACCGUGACUUCAUGAUCAAUACGUAUCGACUUAAUCCUGUAGAAUAUCUGACCGUUACGGCCUGCAGACGUAACUUGGCGGGUGAUGUGUGUGCCAUCAUGAGGGUGCACUCAUUCCUCGAGCAGUGGGGCUUGAUCAACUAUCAGGUCGACGCCGAGCAGCGACCAUCACAUGUUGGUCCACCUUUCACAGGUCACUUUAAGAUUAUCUGCGAUACACCCAGAGGCUUGCAACCGUGGCAGCCGGCCGCAGAUCCGAUUAUCACAGAGGGCAAAGCGCACGCAGAUACAGAGGCAAAGGCAAAGGCUACUCCGGCCGCGAAGAGCGAGCUGAACCUCGAAGUUGGGCGUAAUAUCUAUGAGGCUAAUGCGAAGGGCACGAAGCUCAACAAGACGGAGACAAAGACUAAUGGUGAGACUCCAACCACUAAUGGAGUUGCCGGCGCCUCUACCCCAGAUGAGCUUCCCAAGGCGCCAAUUGCUAAAGUCAACUGCAACUUUUGUGGAUGCGACUGCACUCGGGUGUACUACCACAGGCCGCAGGGAGAUGCAAGUGCCAAGACGCCGACUGACUUGUGCCCGACAUGCAUGGUUGGUGCGCGUUUCCCUCAGAACCAGACCGACAGCCAGUUUGUUCGAAUGGAGAACCCGACAUAUUCCAGCGUGCUUGACCGGGAUGCUCCAUGGACAGAUGCUGAGCUACUGCGUUUGCUCGAAGGGUUGGAGAAAUUUGAUGAGGACUGGGGCGAGAUUGCCGAUCACGUUGGCACGCGUACUCGCGAGGAGUGUGUCCUCCAAUUCUUGCAACUCGAUAUCGAGGACAAAUAUCUCGAGUCUGAGGGACCUUUCAAUGCACCUGUCGGUAUCGACAUGCUUGGCCCUCAGGGUGGGCAGCUGCCCUUCAGCCAGGGUGACAACCCUGUUAUGUCUGUGGUGAGCUUCCUGGCUAGUCUUGCCGAUCCAGCCAGCGCUGCCACAGCUGCCGGAAAGUCUGCAGAGGAGCUUAAGCAGAACCUGCGGAAGAAGAUUGAGGGACCGGUGCCGGAGGAAGCGAAGACGAAUGGUAAGGGCAAAGAGAAGGACAGCGGAGAGUCGAUGGAGCUUGAUAUCAGGCAAGAAACUACUACCACCACAACUACGACAACCACAACCAAGACGUCUACGACUGCGCUGGCCAACAUUCCUCUGGCCGCCAUGGGUGCGCGUGCUGGAGCUCUGGCUUCGCAUGAGGAGCGCGAAAUGACACGACUUGUAUCGGCAGCAGUCAACCUCACUUUGCAGAAGAUGGAGCUGAAGCUGAAGUACUUCAACGAGAUGGAGGCUAUCCUACAAGCCGAGCGACGGGAGUUGGAAAGAGGACGACAGCAGCUGUUCCUUGAUCGCCUGGCUUUCAAGCGACGCGUAAGAGAAGUCCAGGAGGGCCUGAAAGCAGCUGCCCUUACUGGCGGCGACCAGGGGGUGAAGAUGGCCCAAGACAUAGUGAUGGAUGGCGACCGCCUUAGUUUUCAAGUCGCCCCAGCUUUAGGGACUGUUCAGCCUCUAAGCAGCGAGGGCCAGAUCAAGAGCUACGAGGCAUAG